UACGCAGUUCUGUCGCCCCUUUCCGUUCUGCACCAAAUCUGUCCACUUUUUCUCCAAACAGAUCAAAUCCCAGAUAUUUUCUCUAUUGCUCUAAAAGCACAUCCAAAACCCUCGCAUUUUCUUCUCUCAUCGACCUAAAAUCGGCGAUAGGGUUUUGGAAAUCCGUGUAAUUUUUCGAAACUAUAAGGGGGAGAGAGAGAAAACUGUAUGAGCUGGUUUGGGAAGCCGGGUUUCUUAUUGAAUUAUUCGAAUUCUUCUUCGAAUUCCAAUCAUUUUAUAACGUGUCUCUUAAUUUUUAUUCUUCAUUACUCGCCUCAAUUGCCUCCUUCCCUCUUUAAUUUCGAGAAAAAACGUCUGGAUCCUUUAUCCUCUAUUAUUAGCAUUAGUAAUAGUCAUAGUAACAGAUUAAAUAAUUGUCUUGUUGUCGAUCGCCGAUUGUCGCUGCGAAAUGGAGUCUGUAGGCACCAAGAGUAAUCCCCAAUUGCGCAGAGGUCUCUGCUCAAAUGUCGAGAGGAAGCCAUCUGUCAUUGUCAUUGGCGGCGGUAUGGCUGGAAUUGCAGCUGCCCGUGCUCUUCAUGAUGCCUCGUUUCAGGUUGUCUUGUUGGAAUCACGGGAUAGGAUUGGUGGUCGCGUUUAUACAGAUUACACCUUUGGUUUUCCAGUUGACUUGGGUGCAUCAUGGUUGCAUGGAGUGUGCAAAGAGAAUCCCUUGGCACCAUUGAUUGGGAGAUUAGGACUACCCUUAUACCGUACUAGUGGGGACAACUCUGUGCUUUAUGAUCAUGAUUUGGAGAGCUAUGCGCUCUUUGAUAUGGAUGGAAAUCAAGUUCCUCAGGAAUUAGUUACUAAAGUUGGUGAAGCAUUCGAGAGUAUUUUAAAGGAGACGGAUAAAAUAAGAGAGGAAUCAAGCGAAGACAUGUCCAUAUUCCGUGCUUUCUCAAUUGUUUUUGAAAAGAGGCCAGAAUUGAGGUUGGAGGGGCUUGCUUAUAAUGUUCUUCAGUGGUAUUUAUGUAGAAUGGAAGGCUGGUUUGCUGCGGAUGCUGAGACCAUCUCACUAAAAUGUUGGGAUCAGGCAAGUUUCUGUAUGCCAGAAAUUUAUAUAUUGCAGGACUGCUUGAAGUCUAUACGUAGCAUUAUGGGGAAUUUUACCAUUUUCAAGAUGAAUGGUGAAACAAGAAGUCUAUAGUGGUAGACGCUAGAA